UGAAGUGAGAGACAUUUGUGUAUGGCAGAGAAUUUUCUAGUUGGUUCGGAAAAAGUGGGAAAUAUUUUCUGAAUUUAAGCCAAUUUAUGUAAUAAGUGAUCCACUAUUCGAAGCUCUAUUGCAUGGCGAAGUACUUCUAAGUGUUUGGAAUUACCAGUUUCGUGGCGUUUUUAAUUAUGAACUGAUUAUAUCCGACAUGGCUGCUACCAGAAAAUUACAAGGAGAGAUCGAUCGAUGUCUCAAGAAAGUGACUGAAGGUGUGGAAACGUUCGAGGAUAUCUGGCAGAAGGUCCACAAUGCCACUAACAGCAACCAGAAAGAGAAAUACGAAGCCGAUCUCAAGAAGGAGAUUAAGAAGCUGCAAAGGCUUCGAGACCAGAUUAAAAGUUGGAUAGCUUCGGCCGAAAUCAAGGAUAAAAGUGUUCUUAUGGAAAACCGAAAGUUAAUAGAGACUCAAAUGGAGCGAUUCAAAGUGGUUGAGAGGGAAACCAAGACAAAGGCGUACUCAAAAGAGGGCUUGGGGGCGGCGCAAAAGCUCGAUCCAGCGCAAAAGGAACGUGAAGAGAUCCAGCAUUGGUUAGUUUCGUCCAUCGACUUGUUAAACAUCCAAACGGACACUUUCGAAUGCGAGAUCGAGUCGUUGUUAGCGAAUAAGAAAAAGAAACUCGAUAAAGACAAACAGGAGCGAAUGGAUGAGCUGAAGUCGCGCUUAGAAAGGCACAGGUUUCACAUACGAAAGUUAGAAACUUUGUUACGUAUGCUCGAUAAUAUGUCGGUGGAAGUUUCGCAAAUACGAAGGAUAAAAGACAACGUCGAAUAUUACAUAGAGUGUUCGCAAGAGCCCGAUUUCGAGGAUAACGAAUUCAUUUACGAUGACAUCAUUGGCUUGGAUGAGGUCGAGUUGUCGGGCGUGGGGCUGCCGUCGUCUGCGACGACGGAUAGCAACGAAACGGGCGGAACACCAACUUCGAUUAUUUCGGGAUCGUCACCUGUGACCUCGCCGGCGUUAGGGGGACAACCCUACACCCAUUCCAGUGAUAGUUCAAAUGAAGCUGAUAAGAAAACCAUUUUCAAAGACGCGCUUAAACCUGUUAAACCAACUGCUGUCCGAGCGACGUCCGCCAUGAACAGUAGUACCAACUCUAUCCUGAGCUAUAGUUGCAAUAGUACGACCUCAACACCUAGCAGCAAACCAGUUCUAGUAAGUAGUACUCCCAGCAAGCAAUCGGCUCGAGAAGCAUCACCGGUGGCGCAAUUAAAUUCGACCGGAAACUUUGCCACAGUUGCUGCAACAACAACAGCGUCGAAAGUGACCGCAACUAAUGGGGAACCCGUCAUGUCUUCUGUGAUAACUAACAAUAAUCAAGUUCAAACGCAAAACAAUACGGCCGUCGUAACGUCGUCGCAUACUCAAAAUUCGACAAAUGCGCACUCGACGCAAAACUCAAACACCGUAUCUCAGAAAUUCAACGAACAACAUGUGCAAAAUAGUAGUAUUAGUCCCGAACUUAAUAACAGCAGCAGGUCCUCGCCAAUGACUAAUACGGAAGUACAACACAUACAGAUGAUGAACGGACCAACGACCGAAAGUAAUAAGAUUGCGGACGGCAUGUCGUCUCUGAAGACGAUGGCGCAGCAGGUGAUCGACCGCGCGGGCUUGGAGAGCAACCAGCAGCAGGUGAUUUUAGAAGCGAACAAAAUCCAUAAUCAGGAGAAAUCGGACGCGCACAUCCCCCCGUUAUUGGGGGUGGCGCCGCUCGGAACGAUACCGCUCCAAAAAGAGCACCAGGCGCAGUUCCAGCUCAUGGAAGGUGCCUAUUAUCACAUGCCACAUCCAUCCGAUUCCGAAAAAGUAAGAACUUACUUGCCAAGGAACUCAUAUCCAACACCACCUUAUUAUAUACAAACACCAUUACCACAUUCCGAUACCGUGGAAUUUUAUCAGCGUUUGGCGAACGAAACAUUAUUUUUUGUUUUUUAUUACAUGGAGGGCACAAAAGCUCAAUAUUUGGCCGCGAAAGCGCUUAAAAAGCAAAGUUGGAGGUUUCAUACGAAGUAUAUGAUGUGGUUCCAGAGGCACGAAGAGCCCAAAAUUAUUAACGAAGAGUACGAACAGGGAACUUACAUUUACUUCGAUUAUGAAAAGUGGGGCCAACGAAAAAAAGAAGGAUUUACCUUUGAAUAUAAGUACUUAGAGGAUAGAGACCUGAACUGAAUAAAGUAUUUAAAAACA